AUGGAGAAAUUAUUACAUUGGUCCAUUGCAAACUCUCAGGGGGAUAAAGAAGCCAUCGCCAGGGCAGGUCAGCCUGAUCCUAGAUUAUUAGAACAGUUAUUUGGUGGUGGUGUUGCUGAUGAUCCAACUUUAAUGAAAGAAGCAAUGCAAGUUAUAAUAUCAGAUGAAGCUGAUUUAGAGACUAAACUAGUUGCAUUAGAUAACUUUGAAAUGUUGAUUGAAAAUUUAGAUAAUGCUAAUAACAUUGAAAAUUUGAAAUUAUGGGAUCCAUUGUUAAAAAUAUUAGAGGAUGAAGCGGAUGAAAUUGUAUCUGGUGCAUUAUCCAUUAUUGGUACUGCUGUACAAAAUAACAAACCUUCACAAGAAAACUUUUUAAAAUAUGAUGGUGGGCUCCGAAAAAUUAUUGAGCUAGUAGCAAAUCCGGAACAAGCAUUUGAUGUAAGAGUAAAAGGAUUAUAUGCUUUAUCCAACUUAAUUAGAAAUAAUGCUGAAAUGGCUAAAGUUUUUGCUGAUAAUAAUGGUCUUGAUGUUAUUCCAGGCAUAUUAAAUGAUACCAAUGCAAAAAGUAAAUUGAAGAUGAGAGCUAUUGCUGUAUUAAGUUCAUUUCUGGGUGUUACUGAAAUCAAUGAUGUUAUGAUUGCCUCAUUAAGAAAAGAUAAUAUUAUUGAAUCGGUUAUUGAUUGUCUACAACAUGAAACUGAUCUAAAUCUUCUUGAUAGAGUUUUAUCAUUUUUAUCGCUAUUAUUGGCCUCAGGUAUUAAGUUUAGUGAAACUGAAUUAGAAUCCUUAAAAAUUGGAUUCGAAAAGAUUCAACCAUUAAAAGAUAGAUUACAUGAAGAUGAUUAUCAAACUGUCAAGUAUGUAUUAAAAGAAAGUUGA